CCCCGGAGCGGGCUCGCGGUGGUUCCUCCCGUCCCGCGGCCUCCCCCCGCCCGGCGAGACGCGGACCUUGGUCCCGGCGGCUCCGCGCCGGUGACACGAGCCCGCGCCACCGCCGCAGCCCCCGCCGCCUGCUUCCCGCACCAUGGAGUUCUCCGAGAGGAAAAGAAGCAGGAAAUCCCAGAGCUUCAAACUGGUGAGCCGAGAUUAUCACCAUGAGGUAUAUAAGGUCUCAGAAUUCAGCAACGAGGUUAAUGGGGAGGCCAAAGAGACACAACCCAUUUUUUUAGGAGAUGAAAGCAUGGAAAUUAAAAAACAAAUCACAGGAAUGAGAAGAUUGCUGAAUGACAGCGCUGGGAGGAUAUACCAACGAGUUGGCAAAGAAGGAGAGAAGCUAAAAGAAGAGCCCCAGGACAUGGACUUGGUCUGGCCUGCACGUCUGAACUCGUCCUCUGAGACCCCACCGAGCCUCCACCCGUCCACACGUGGUUCAUGGAACGAGCUACCGCCCCAAAGCGGGCAGUUCUCAGGGCAGUACGGCACCCGUUCUAGAACCUUCCAGAGCCAGCCCCACCCCUCUGCAAGCUCCAACGGAGAACUUCCAGUGGUGAAUUCAUCAGUUGGAUCAAACUGCUGUACUUGUAACUGCCAGUCAACGUUGCAGGCCAUUCUCCAGGAACUCAAGACCAUGAGGAAAUUAAUGCAAAUUCAAGCAGUUGGAACUCAAAACAGACAACAACCCCCAAUUUCCCUUAUGUGCUCCCAGCGAACUUCUGUCUCACGCAAGAGAAAUAAAAAGAAAAAAGUUCCCCCAAAGUCUAUCGAACCUCUUACUGUGAAGCAGAAGCCCAGCGUGUCAGAGAUGGGGAAGAAGACAGCUGUGGCCUCUGAGCAGGCCGGUGUCCAGGCCACCGAGCACGCCUCCACGCAGGACAGCCAGGUUCUGGGAUUUGGCAUUGUUCUGGAAUCACCUUCCUCAGAUCCAGAAGUGCAACUUGCUGAAGGCUUUGAUGUGUUUAUGCCUAAAUCUCAGCUGGACUCUAUAUUGUCAAACUACACUCGCUCAGGAAGCCUUCUGUUUAGAAAACUGGUGUGUGCGUUUUUUGAUGACAAGACUUUGGCUAACUCCUUACCCAAUGGGAAGAGGAAAAGAGGACUCAAUGACAACCGGAAAGGACUAGAUCAAAAUAUUGUGGGUGCAAUAAAAGUCUUUACAGAAAAGUACUGUACAGCUAACCAUGUGGAUAAACUCCCUGGCCCAAGAGACUGGGUGCAGAUUCUGCAGGAUCAAAUCAAACUGGCCAGAAGAAGGUUAAAAAGAGGCUCAGCAGAGGCAGCUGACGGUGAUGAAAGACUGGACGGCAUUUCCCUACCGCCAAUAGACAGAGCCUCAAGCUGUCACCCUGGGUAGAGUACCGUGACAUCACAGCUCACAGCAACCUCCAAAUCCUGGGCUCAAGCGAUUCUCCUGCCUCCACCUCCCAAGUAGCUGGGACCACAGGCGCUAGCCAACCACGCCCGGCUUUUUUUCGUUGCGGCCGUCAUUGUUGUUUGGUGGGCCUGGGCUGGAUUGGAACCCACCAGCUUAGGUGUAUGUGGCUGGUGCCUUAGCUGCUUGAGCCACAGGCGCCAAGCCUAUUAUAAGUCUUCAUAUGCAUUAUUUUGAUAGCUGCAUGAUAAUUUAUUCUGUGGGUGACUCAUAUUUUAUCUAGCCAUUUUCUCUUACGGGACAGUAUAUGAGCAUACCGUAACAAUAACACACAUUUGUGGCUUUUUAAAAAAAUAAUCAUUACAAAUUUCUGUUCCUACAGUUGUUCAUUUAGUACAAGUAAAGCCUUGGCCACCAACUUAGUGACUUAAUUCUGAGACACAGGCACGUCCCAGUACAUUCUCGCUUGUCUAGGACACCCAGCUCCAGCCGUGUCCGUGCCGUAGAAAAGUAUACAACUGCUCCUUAGAGAAGCGUCUCUGCCCCUUCAUUCUCUUGUCUCUGUUGUAGGUAAUAUAUUUGACACCAGGAGAGAAAGCACGGAAGACACAGAACCAGGUUUCAUUGCCUAGACUUUCACGGUAGUAACAUUGUUGAGUAGCCUGUGUAACUCUUCCGUCUGAAUCUCCUCAAAGCUCCAUGUAGUGGUUCAGGUUUCUGCAAAGUAUGGGUGUUCCGUGAAGUUGACCUGUCACGUUUGAAAAGUUUCAUAUACUUUGUUUGUAAUAUGUGAUAAUCGAGCCUCCACUUCGGUAUAAGAUUUUUAAAAAUCAUUUUUAGAGUUGAUUUGUUACCCUUUAAAAGUCCAACGUAAGAUCCAAUGAGUUCGUUGUUCAUUAUGAAGAAGAGGUUCUCUCGUCCCCGUUUUUAUUCAGCACCACAAGGUGCAUAUAUAGAGCCUUGAAGCAUAUUUAUUUUAAUGUAAAUUGCUUGCUGUGGUAUAAAGGAGCAUGGCUUUUUCCCAGUGCCCAGAGAGCAGUCGUGAAAGCCAAAAUUAAUCACCCUUUCAUCAGCUUGGAAGAUGGGAAAGUUGUUUGGGGAGACGGGAGAGUUCUGACCUAUUAGGUGACAUUAUUUAUAACAUCGUUGCCCCCCACCCCUGCCCCUCACCACAUAGCCAUUUGUAACUAAGUGAAUUUUCAGGAAAGACAAACGUUUCACCUAAUUUAUAGCAACACAAUGACAUUAAUUAAAAGGGAAAAAACUCAGAGUCAUCGGUUAUCUCCGUGAUAUCUGACUACCAUUUCAGCAGGUGCUUCUAACUGAGUGGUCCAGGGUUGUGUGGUAACUGGCCACAAAGGUUCUUGGUAUUCCAUAGCUUAUUUGGUUCUGAGUAGACUUGCCCUCCACUUUACGUAAAACCAAUGUAUGAAAAUCUGAAUUUAUUUUAAAGAGUUACCUUGCCUUGUGGGUGGGGAUGUGUUUUACAGAAAUACUGAUUCCAGAUUUCUUUUUCUGUAAGAUGGUGAAUUUCAAAUACCAUGUUAUCUAGAAAUACUGCACUUACACCUCAUUUAGUGUAUAAAGCAAAUUGCCUUGAAUGUUUGACACUUGACCAAAGGCCAGAAGUUGGCAUGAAAGAAAUUUGGAUGGUGGGGCCACCAGGCCCAGGGUUUAAACUGUGCCAGCAGUUUAACACCUUCCCCUGGCUCUGAUGUUGUCAGACUGAAUGUUGGAGAUACAAGUUACUGGAGAGGCCCUUCAGUUGGGGAAGUGGGAGCAGGGUGAGGACAGGUGGUUGCUUGGGGCCAGUUAACCCUUCAGUGGCCCACCCUGGGUAGAGGUGGAAUUUCCUUACUACACUGUCCAAGGUGUCUGAUCACACCAAGAAAGGACACCUAGUGCUAGGAGUGUGCCUGGGGCAGAUCAGUAUUCCACUAGACCGACUAAUCCACUGAAGAAGAUGUGAGGCAUCCCCACAAUGUGAUAAAAGAACCGAUUUUGGGUACAGCUUGUGGAAACAGUCUCACGACUAGCCAAGUUACAUCUCGACUGUUCGCGUGUCUCUUAUUUUUCUCCUUUUUGAAGCUACAAGGAAGGUUCAGAGGAAUUAUUCUCAUGCUGUCUUUUAGCCUUUUCCACGUCUGGCGAAUAAGUAACCUCCUCCUGAAACCAGUCCCACUGUUCCAUCCAGUGGCCUCAUGAAUUUGAAGUACUUCAAACCAGGGCUGUUGUUUCUUUCCAGCAUAUGUUUUAAAAUUUGUCUACAGCCUCCCAGAAGGAAAUAUUUCCCUGAGGAAUAGAAAAGAUUAAUCAGUGACCUUUCACUCUGUUAAAGUAUGAUCACUAUGUUGCUAGUAAAGGUAAAAACAUUUACUUACAGCUGUGGGUCUGUUCAAUGUGCACCAGGAACCUUCCAAAGCACUUCCUUCCAAGGCUGGGCCACAGCUUGGAGUUUCCAAUACUUGAGGGGUGAGAAAUGUUCAACUCACAGAUAACGUGCAAUGGAUGCACAAAUUGGAAAUACACAUCAAAACCGCAACAGUAAAAUCAUAUUUUAUAAAUCGAGAUUGUAUUCGUGUUUACUUACUAUGACUGCUGUUCAGACUUUAUUCAGAAAUCCUUUUUAUAGGGCUUUCUUAGCAAAAAUAAAUAAAUAAAUUCCAUUAUCUAUGGAUAACGUCUCAAUCUUCUGUAUAUAUGUUUUAUUAAUGUGUAAAUAUUUAGAUUUUUUUUUAAAUUACUAUGUUCUUUAAAAAAGGAUUCAGCGCAAGGCUAGUUGUGAAAAUGGUGUAUAACAUUGUGUUGUGAUAUCAACUCCCAAGAGGCUCUUUCCGUCCAUUCUGGAAGAAUACAAUAAAUUACUUUAAUUGAA